UAUUCCUCCCUCUCUUCACGGAAGAGAGCGCAGGAUCGGCGUCCUGAGGCAGCGGAGAGCAGCAGGUCGGAGCGGGAUGACGGAUUGAGAGCAGGAACAAGCGAGCAGCCGGGAGGACAACAGGAAGUGCGGGGGACAGUAAGGACGGCGGCGCGGAAAAUGGGCCUGCGGUUCUCCUGAUAGGACCGGAGCAGCAGCAGCGGAGGCCAGCGGACGCAGACAUGGCCCACGUAGGCAACGGAGCGGCAGCCGAGGAGGAGGAGGAGGACUGCUUUGAAGAUGCCUACGACCGAAUACCAACGGCCUGUCAAAUGGACUUGCAGACAGCCAUCCAGGAGACUCAGUGUGCUCUUAAUCUGGUGCUCAACAAUAAGUUCUCUGAAGCUCUGGACCUCCUGAAACCAUGGUGGAAGGACAGCAUGUAUCACGCGCUGGGUUACAGCAGCAUCCUGGUGAUGCAGGCGACUAUGACCUUCGAACACAGAGACAUCCAGGCUGCCAUGGCAACCAUCAAGCAAGCAUUGCAAACCUGUCAGAGGUUCAGGAAGAAGAACUCUGUGGUCGGAUCUUUGUCCAGUCUGAUCAGCAAGCAGUCAAACCUGCAGGAAGAGGAGAUGCACGCUGAGCUCUGCUACGCCGAGUGUCUGCUGCAGAAAGCCACAUUGACGUUUGUGCAGGAUGAGAACAUGAUCAGUUUCAUCAAAGGAGGCAUCAAGGUUCGAACAAGCUACCAAAUCUACAAGGACUGUCAGAAUGUGCUGAAUGUCACUCAGGACCUCGCCGGCCAGUCUGAUUCGUUCAGACAGUUUGAGGGCGGAGUCAAGCUGGGCAUCGGAUCCUUCAACCUGAUGUUGUCUCUCCUCCCUCAGAGGAUUUUGAGGUUGUUGGAGUUCAUCGGAUUCUCAGGAAACAGGGGGUUCGGCUUGUCUCAGCUGAGGGAAGGAGCCUCCAGUCACAGCCUGCGGUCCAUCCUCUGCGCUCUGACUCUGCUCUUCUACCACACAUACGUGUCGCUGAUACUCGGAACUGGAGAGGGGAACCUGGUGGAGGCUGAAGCUCUGCUGGAGCCGUAUCAGCACAAAUACCCCAAAGGCUCCAUCAUUCUCUUCUACACUGCUCGCAUCGCCACACUGCGAGGGAACUUUGAGAAGGCCCGGGCGAGGUAUGAGGAGUGCAUCAGCAGCCAGCAGGAGUGGAAGCAGAUCCACCACCUGUGCUACUGGGAGCUGAUGUGGACUCACUCCUACCAGCAGGAGUGGCAGCAGGCGUAUCACUACGCUGACCUGCUGUGCCAGGAGAGCCGCUGGUCCAAGGCAAUCUAUGUAUACCAGAAGGCGGCCAUCCUCAGUAUGAUGUCAGAGGAGGAGGCGAAGAAGACCGGGGAGGACAUCGUGGGGCUCUUCAGGCAGGUGGAGGGGCUGAAGCAGCGGCUGGCUGGGAAGUCCAUCCCAACGGAGAAAUUUGCAGUGAGGAAGUCCAGACGCUACAAAGCUGCUAACCCCGUCCCCCUGGUCAUCCCCGCUCUGGAGAUGAUGUACGUCUGGAACGGUUUCACCAUCGUCGGGAAGAGAGCCGACAGUACGGAGUCCCUCCUGGUUACCAUAGAAACGGCUGAGGAGCAGCUUCGCGGCGACCCCAACCCGUCAGAGUUUCAUCCAGAUGACAGCUGCCUGGUCCAGAUGUUGAAGGGACUCUGUCUGAAACAUCUGGGCCGCUUACUGCAGGCCGAGCUGUGCUUCACGCAGGUCCUGUCCAGUGAGAGUCGUAUCAGAUAUGAUCACUACUUGAUCCCCUUCACUCUCUAUGAGUUGGGUUUGCUGUAUAAGCAACAGGGAGACUUCACCAAGGCCACGACGUACAUCGAAAAUGCCAAGAUGAACUACAAGGACUACUCCAUGGAGUCCAGACUGCACUUCAGGAUCCACGCAGCCCUCAACAGCCUCAAAGGGUCACCUGUCAGCACCCCAUAACACUCAGAAACAUCUCUAACCUAAGUUUCCUCACAAUUCGGCCUAAAUGAAUGAACCGCCUCUUAGUGAAGAGGAGUCCGUGUGUUGCUGGCAAACUCCUCUUUUCCUUAUUUGUUGUUUUCAGAUGAGAUUAUUGCAGCUCAUCUCAACCAGGCAGAGCUGUGGUUCAAUGCCAAAUGUCAGUUUAAUCAACAUACUUUAAGAUGGUGUGAGGGGGGCUCGUUCAGAGACACAGCUCCACUUUUUGAUUUAAAAGCACAAAGUAAAGUAAAGGUUAAAACCAUAGAGGGGUAACCAAUACGUGACAGAACAUCUGGGAACAACAAUCAAUAUUCUCACCGCCAUGUCGCUUCACCUGCAGCUCUGUCUGAACGGGCCCUGAAACCAACGCUAUGUCAACACCAAUCAGAUACAAGCCUUAAACUGAAGGAGAUUAGGAUUUUUAGGAUUUUGUGCUCGCAAAAAGAAACAAAAACCAAAACUGUGUGUUUUUAAAUUAGACUCAUAAAAGAAGCAGUGAAGUGAUGAAGCUGAUGAGUGCUGACAGCAGGAGGAGGAGCACACGGGUUUAAUGUUUUCUUUGCCUUUUUCCAUUUCCUGCUCACACACACACCACAAACAUGCAGUCGCAGCCUUUUCACCAACCGUGGCUUACACACACACACACACACACACACACAGUAUUUCCAGCUUGCACACACUGGACAACAUGCACCCUGAAAAGAGAAACACACACGUUUAGCAGCAAUAUAAGAGAACUGGUGUCGGUCGGUGAGCCUCCUGGUCUGUUGCUGUGUGUCUGUGCUGAUCAGACUGUGGUGUCAGCAGGGCAGCUUUUCAGGCAGGAAUCAUUUCUGUCAGGCUUAGAUUUUAAAAAGCUCCACAGAGUUUCCACAUCAGUGCGGUUUUUUCCAGGCAGAUGCAUAUGAAUCAUACAAAGGCGCUUCGUGUCUCCAGGGGGCGCUGUGUGAAGUCUGAUAGAUGACCUCAAGUGACGUCACUCGAGUCAGCUUUAAGGCUACAAACCCGCCGCUGUGAAGUUUGCUCUGUGGCGGCUCCUCAUCUGUGUUAGCUGCUGCUAGCGUGACACUCCCCACGUUUCAACACCUGUGUGGAACCACAUCAAACAGUACUUGAAAACACGGUUCUGUAUUGGCUUAAAGGCCUUAAUUUCUUCACACGGUGCAGCUCUGGCCCCACAGAUUGUCAAAACUCACUCCAGUUUAACUGAACCUUCUGUAGACAAAGAAGUGAAAAGAGUGAAAGCUUCAGAUUCACCUCAGCGGUCGUCGUCGUGUUUGAGCUAACGCUAACGUCCUGACUGUCGCAGGCCUACGAUCAGACAAGCCAAGAGAGACGGCCUGUUCUGUCAUUUGUUAUGUUAAGUUUUAAGUUAUGUAGAUCAACAACAUACAUUAUAUAUAUAUAUCUAUAUAUAUAUCUAUAUAUGGAUAUAUAAAUAAAAAAAUGAAAGCACAUUUUUAAUCUCCAAUCAGCCGAAAUUUAAAAACAAACAAACAAAAAAACAGCGAGAGUGAGACCAAAUGGUUUUUAUGAUUUCUGGCUUCAAGUAGUUUGAUACUGUUUACUUCUGUGGAUGUGAUUUAUUAACAAAGGUACGCUGCUUUUAUACGAGGUGGAUUUGGGACGUGGACACGUGAGAACUUGGACGGCUCACCUGCUAAACAUCGCAACACUCCCAUUUAAACCGCACACAUCAGACAGAACCGCGUACUGCUGAUGUCAGGACGUCAUGCAGUCCCGAACAAGAACGUCAGCGGAAACCUGAUUACACCUUUGCUUCCAUUUUAACAUGUGGCUGAAGAAUGCACUUUUCCCACGGACUCCAGUGAGCCUGGAGUCGUCCUCCCUCUCAUGAAUGUAUGAACCUGAAGACCAAAUCACGCGUGUGUGUCUUGCUGUGCGUGUCUUCUGUUUUCUCGUGUUAUUUGUGCCUGUUGAAGAGUUCGGCUGUCCUUGUACUCGCGUGUUUUGUGUGAUCUGAACAACCGAAUUCGCAAAGUGCAGUAAACAUUCAGGAGUUUGUUGGUAGAGUUAGUCGUAGUUUUACACAAAAGACCAGAGUCCUCUAUGUAUAAGAGUUGUGGCGGUAAAUUUUAGUUUCUCCCUGGACGAAAGUACGAAAACUAACGCCAGGAAACUGCUAGCGUUUUGGGCCAAGGUUGCUAGCUUUUGCAUCCGGAAGAACAAAGUUCAAAUCAGCGAAUGUUACUGGGAAGGCAUCAUUUAUUAAAAGGAGUAAGCAAAGCACGCUACAACGUUAGCAUGUCGCUUGUUAUCGCUCGUCACCAUGUGUGACGAUCACGUGGCUACCAGCAUGAACUGUUCGUGUCGUCACUGAGCGUGGUGAAGGUGAAAAUAUAUUCUGUUCCCUGCACGAUGCAAAAGCUUUUUAACCCGUUUUCCUCUCGUAAAACAAGAUGGUGGCCGGAAAUGGUUCUUCCUUAUUUUGUACGGAGUAUAACACUAAUCCAGAUGACAGUCGAGCAUCGACAGUUUUGGUUCAAAGUGGUUUAACUUGGAUGACGGUUGUAACCUGUUAAAAGUUUUGUUUUGCAGUGGGGGGGGAUGUUUUUGGUCCGUUUGUGUCAGUCGUUCGUGUGGGUGCCUCUGGGUCGGGUUCUCCAUAGGAUUCACAUUGCAUGUUAUUCUUCAUUUAGAUUUUUAUUUUCUAAUAAGAGACAUGACUGUUGGUGCUUCACGGCAGGAAGUGAUGUAAGCCAACGUGGCAGGCUUUACGGUUACAGAAGGUGAUCCACAUGGUGCAAUAAAAUGAAAACAGAAGCAUUAUUGUUCAUCAUUAGCUGUUUUUUAUGUUUGUGUGCCUCUGCGUGUUGCCGUGUUUCAGAUUUGUCAUGAGCAUCGUGCAGAUUGGAUGUUUUUAAAGCAGUGACUGCACCGUUUUGUCAUGAUGACACGUCACGCGCCUCAUGACGCCCUCUGAUUGAACAGGAAUAUGUCAAGUGGGUGAGAGGCAGGAGAAAAUGUCCCAAAGCUGCCCAACAUGAUGAAAUGUGUCGUCCAGAAUUACUCCAUGUGCGAAAUGUGUGCAAUAGAUUUUGAAAGCCAUAAUUCUUUCGUUCGUUUGCCUUUUAACUCUGAUGGACGUCAUGGCUGACUCGUCCCAUCGUACCAGAAACGGGACACAGUGGACACACUCCUGAUGGUGUUUGUCUCAACCUGCUGGCCAAUCCUCUGGUUUGAUCCUCACCUUUGAUGCUUCGUGGUGCGUUUGUGGCAUUUAAAUCUUCAAACUGCGCGUCCUGCCUGACCUCCGGCCAGCUCGGACGUUUGACUCGUCGGUCCAUCAGGAGUGUGAGCCACAGUGUCCUGAGCUGAUCCUCGGUUGUUGAUUAACUGUGUGAUUAAACGUCUGUCAGAAUUUUGUGUCUUCACGUCCAGAACUGCUGGAUUCAAGCAGAAACGGGUCAAAAUGUCCUUUGGGAUCCUUUCAGUCAGUGAAAACUGUUUGAUCAGUUUGGUUUUGGAUUAUUGACAUGUUGUGAGUAUUGAUGUCUGAUGUUACUCGGCUGAUCUUUGUCUGUUCCAACAAUAAAUUAAUCUGAGCUUCAA